AUGCAACGCCUGGUGGCCUGGGACCCAGCAUGUCUCCCCCUGCCGCCGCCGCCUGCCUUUAAAUCCAUGGAAGUGGCCAACUUCUACUACGAGGCGGACUGCUUGGCUGCUGCGUACGGCGGCAAGGCGGCCCCCGCGGCGCCCCCCGCGGCCAGACCCGGGCCGCGCCCCCCCGCCGGCGAGCUGGGUAGCAUCGGUGACCACGAGCGCGCCAUCGACUUCAGCCCAUACCUGGAGCCGCUGGGCGCGCCGCAGGCCCCGGCGCCGGCCACGGCCACCGACACCUUCGAGGCGGCUCCGCCCGCGCCCGCCCCCGCGCCCGCCUCCUCCGGGCAGCACCACGACUUCCUCUCCGAUCUCUUCUCCGACGACUACGGGGGCAAGAACUGCAAGAAGGCGGCCGAAUACGGCUACGUGAGCCUGGGGCGUCUGGGGGCCGCCAAGAACGCGCUGCACCCGGGCUGCUUCGCGCCCCUACACCCGCCGCCCCCGCCGCCGCCGCCGCAGCCGGCCGAGCUCAAGGCGGAGCCGGGCUUCGAGCCCGCGGACUGCAAGCGGAAGGAGGAGGCCGGAGCGCCGGGCGGCGGCGCCGCAGGCAUGGCGGCUGGCUUCCCGUAUGCGCUGCGCGCCUACCUCGGCUACCAGGCGGUGCCGAGCGGCAGCAGCGGGAGCCUGUCCACAUCCUCGUCGUCCAGCCCGCCCGGCACGCCGAGCCCCGCCGACGCCAAGGCGCCCCCAGCCGCCUGCUACGCGGGGGCGGCGCCGGCGCCCUCGCAGGUCAAGAGUAAGACCAAGAAGACCGUGGAUAAGCACAGCGACGAGUACAAGAUCCGGCGUGAGCGCAACAACAUCGCGGUGCGCAAGAGCCGCGACAAGGCCAAGAUGCGCAACCUGGAGACGCAGCAUAAGGUCCUGGAGCUCACGGCCGAGAACGAGCGGCUCCAGAAGAAGGUGGAGCAGCUGUCGCGCGAGCUCAGCACCCUGCGGAACUUGUUCAAGCAGCUGCCCGAGCCCCUGCUCGCCUCCUCCGGCCACUGCUAG